GGGGGAUGCAUUCUGCUGUGAGGUAUUGGUGGAUGAGAGCAGUGGAUGCGUGCGCCUCCAUGUACGCGCGGUGUUCCAGGAACUUUAAGCUUAUGACAAAAAAAUAAAAGACAACUCCGAGCCAAGAAAUCGAAUAUGUGACAAACACCGGCAGAGUGUGUGACAAGCAACCAACACAAGAUCCCACAUUCAGCAUUAAAGACUCCUCUUAACCCUCGCUGGACUACAGAAGACACUUUCAACUCCUGUCUGAUUGUGACAUCCCAUAAUGCCACUGAUUGUGUUUCCCACCUCCCAGCUGCUAUGGGUGCGUGUAGCUGCCCUGCUGUUCACCUGCGUGGCGUUCAGUGUGGCAGCACAUGGAGCCCAGCUGCACCACGGAGGCAUGGCUGACUGGUGCAUCUUCUGCUGGGCGUUCAGCUUCGCCUGUACCCUGCUGGUCCUGCUGGUGGAGCAGUUCGGCCUCCAGGCCCGAGUUCCGGUGUCCUGGUCUAAUUUCCCCAUCACUAUCGCCUGCUACGCCUCCCUCCUCUGCCUCUCUGCCUCUAUCAUCUUCCCAGUUUUUUUCCUUAAGGACCAGCGGUUCUACGGUGAUUCUCGUGACUAUCGCAUCGCCUCCACCGUCUUCUCCUGCCUGGCAGCGGUAGCAUACAUGGGGGAGGUGAGUUUGACUAAAGCGAGGCCAGGAGAGGUGGCAGGUUACAUGGCUACGGCUCCCGGUCUUAUGAAGGUGUGCCAGACCUUUGUGGCCUGUAUUAUCUUCAUCCUGGUCAGCGACCCUGUAACGUAUGACCACCAUGCAGCGCUUAAGUGGUGCAUGGCUGUGUACUGCAUCUGCUUCAUCCUCUCCAUGGCCGUGGUGGUGCUGUGUGUGGGUGAGUGCACCGGCUGUCUCCCCAUCCCCUUCUCCAAGUUCCUGUCAGCUUACGGGCUCCUGGCGGUGAUCAUGUACUUGACGGCUACCAUCCUGUGGCCCGUGUUUCAGUUUGACAAACAGUACCACAGAGGCCAAGCGUCGUCAAAACUGAUCGCUGCGGCGGUGCUCACUGCUCUCAACUUCCUGCUUUACGUCGCUGACCUGGCCUACACUGCCAGACUAGUGUUUGUCAGUGUCUGAGAAGAAAAGAGAUGAAGGAGGGAGACACACUGAGAGCUGAACAGAAAUAAAGAUGCUUAGAGCUUGAUCCUGACAAAAAAAUACCUUUUGGUGUCCAAUUGUAAAAUGUUAAAAUGAGACAUCUUGUUAAUAUGAGAAAAUCCCAAACUCACUUAUAGUAUGUAUGUGCAUGUUUUCUGUUAUCUCCAAUGGCAUCAUUUUUUAUAACAUGAACACUGUAAACGUGGGAUUUCACAUGAUGAUAUGACAAAAACCAAGUUAUCUGUUAAUGCUGUUAAAACCCAUUGAAGUCAACACUGGAACACAGGUGAACAUCAGAAGAGAAGUUUUUAA